AAAUACCCCAACUAUCAAACCACCAAAAAAGUAGACAAGGCAGCACUUUCUCAGCUCCAAAAACGCUGCUCAUCAUCUGCACCCGGUAUCUAAACUCUGAGACAGUUACAAGUGCAGAUACUUCCUCGACUCCCUUCAAAGGGCAUCCACCCACGCACACACACAAUGACGUCCAAAAACCUCAAUCGCACCAACAUCGAUAUCAUUCUGACUGAAUACCAGAAAGAUCAUGCAGCAUGUGUCCCUUUCCCUAUUCGAUAUCUCUUGUUCGAUCGCAAAUUUGGUCGAGACAUAUUCUACGAAAUUCCGCAGGACAUCGAGCCGGAUCUUCUCAAGAGCUCUUUGAAUCAGUACGUCCGCGAGCGAGGGACGACAAUUGGGUAUAGCCAUGAUGUUUUCCAAGCUUGGCCACGACGUUCCUUCCAGGAGGAGGAUGUGCCCAACCGUUCUGACAGCGGCGUUGACGACGAUGUUUCUGCUACUUCCUAGCGUGGCGAGCGGCUGGUAAUUAUCGAUCUACGCCGACAGCAACGCGAAACAAGACAGGGCAAGUGCGAGCUUCUCGUACCGAGUUGACAAGUGGUCCUUGCGAAUUUGAGUGGGAUAGUGUGGGAGGCUGUAUUGUGACGCUUUAUUCAUCGAAAGCUAGUGAUUUCCCAGUCUUGUUAGCUCAAGUCCUGAAACUUUGCCUUCUGCAAAUGGAUAACCAUACUUGAUGAGACUAUUUCCGUUUUCCCAGAUAGGCACAGAAGGUAGAAAUCGCCCUACUGGCGGGUCUACUAUCAAUCCCAAGGGCCGCUUUACACAUAGGAAGCAAGGAUUGUCUUUAUUGUGAGAAGGAUAUUG